UGUAGUGAUUGACUGUGGCCAUCCUGGCGUUCCUCCUAACGCGGUCCUGUCUGGAGAUAAAUAUACGUUUGGGUCUACUGUUCAUUAUACCUGCACAGGUAGACGAUCGCUGUUAGGGCAGUCAUCUCGUACGUGUCAGUUGAACGGACACUGGAGUGGAUCUCUUCCUCAUUGCUCAGGUGAUGCAGCUGGUUCUUGUGGUGAUCCAGGUAUCCCAGGUCAUGGGUCUAGGGAAGAAAACAAUUUUAAAAUUAAAAGCACGGUACAUUUCAGCUGUGAUAUUGGAUAUAUCCUCCAUGGCUCAGAAGAAAGAACAUGUAUGGCAAAUGGAAGUUGGACAGGAAAACAACCUGAAUGCAAAGCUGUGCAAUGUGGUAAUCCAGGAACAACCGCAAAUGGAAAAGUAUUUCGUAUUGAUGGAACUACAUUCUCUAAUUCAGUAAUUUAUUCAUGCAUGGAAGGAUAUAUACUUUCUGGAUCAUCUGUAAGACAAUGUACUGCCAAUGGAACAUGGUCUGGAUCCUUGCCAAACUGCACAAUUAUCAGUUGUGGAGAUCCAGGAGUCCCAGCCAAUGGCAUGAGAUAUGGUGACGAUUAUGUUGUUGGACAAAAUGUUACUUAUAUGUGCCAACCUGGUUAUACAAUGGAAUCACAAAGCUCCUUAAUUCGCACUUGCACUAGCAAUGGCACAUGGAGUGGAGUAAUCCCAACAUGCAAAGCUGUUACCUGCCCAACUCCUCCGCAGAUCUCUAAUGGAAGGUUGGAAGGAACAAACUUGGACUGGGGAUUUAGCAUUAGCUAUGUUUGCUCUCCAGGAUAUGAACUCUCUUUUCCAGCUGUUCUGACUUGCGUUGGGAAUGGAACAUGGAGUGGUGAAGUACCUCAGUGCUUGCCAAAGUUUUGUGGUGACCCUGGAAUACCUGCACAAGGGAAAAGAGAAGGCAAAAGCUUCAUCUACCAGUCAGAAGUCUCUUUCAGCUGCAAUCUUCCUUUUAUUCUGGUUGGCUCCAGCACCAGGAUUUGCCAAGCAGAUGGCACAUGGAGUGGUUCUUCUCCUCGAUGUAUAGAACCUACUCGCACAGCAUGUGAAAAUCCAGGAGUCCCAAGGCAUGGGUCACAAAACAACACAUUUGGCUAUCAGGUGGGAAAUGUUGUUCAGUUUCAGUGUAAAAAAGGACACCUUCUCCAUGGCUCAACAACACGAACUUGCCUUCCUGAUCUUACAUGGAGUGGAAUCCAGCCAGAAUGUAUACCUCACAACUGUAAACAACCAGAAACACCAGCCCAUGCUAAUGUUGCAGGAAUGGAUCUUCCCUCACUUGGUUAUACCUUGAUUUACACUUGUCAGCCAGGCUUCUUCCUGGCCGGAGGAUCAGAACAUAGAGCCUGUAGGUCUGAUGGCACGUGGACUGGGAAAGUUCCAGUUUGUGAAGCUGGUUCCAAAAUAUUAGUGAAGGACCCCAGACCAGCUUUGGGAACUCCAAGCCCCAAACUAAGUGUUCCUGAUGAUGUAUUUGCCCAAAAUUAUAUAUGGAAAGGAUCUUACAAUUACAAAAGCAAGAAACAGCCCAUGACGUUGACAGUCACCAGUUUCAAUGCAACUUCAGGAAGAGUAAAUGCAACACUUACAAACAGCAAUAUGGAAUUGCUGUUAUCAGGAGUGUAUAAAAGCCAGGAAGCUCGGCUAAUGCUCCACAUAUAUCUCAUUAAAGCACCCUCGCAUACAUCUGUGAGCAAGUUGAAAGAGGAAAAAUGGGCUAUGGAUGGUUUUGUGAGUAUAUUUCUGCUACAAAAAAAGAGAGAAGGAUAA